AUGACUGAAACAUCUCCGCAAAACUCCACACCGAACGUCGAUAACGACUACCAAUCGUGGUCACAUACGCAGCUAGUUGACCGAGUCGUUGAACUAGAGCAGAAACUUAAGGCACAGGCUGAAGCCUACAAUCCCAGGCGUGCAAGAGAUUCAAAGAAACCCUCAAAAAUUGAGCGACAAUAUAAGAAGAUUAAAUCUAAACCAAACACUUUCGACCCAUCACGCUACAACACAAGGCUCAUUGCAUUGAAGUUUGCUUACCUGGGGCAGCGGUAUAAUGGGUACGAGCAUCAUACGGGCAAUGAUACGCCCCUACCCACAAUCGAGGAGGUGCUAUGGCAAGCACUUAUUAAAACGAAGCUAAUAUGCCCGCAAAAACGAGAUGGGGCAUCUACGCCGCAGUCCACGCCUGGACGGUACGAAGUAGAUGUGAAUUGGGACGGCUGCGAGUAUUCGAAGUGUGGAAGAACAGACAAAGGAGUAAGCGCCUUUGGGCAGGUGAUCGGUAUCAGAGUGAGGAGCAACAGACCUAUGGAAAAAGAUAAGGGUGUCAACACCGGUAUUACCGAAUCUUCUUCUCAAACAAAUCUACAACAGCAGGACUUGCAGACAAACGACAACGUAGAACCCGAAAUACCCUUCGACCCCGUCGGGGACGAGAUCCCUUACGUUCAGAUGUUGAACCGGGUGCUUCCUCCCGACGUUCGCAUACUUGCGUGGUGCCCAAACCCACCUCUUAACUUCUCUGCCCGAUUCCACUGCCGCGAAAGACGUUACAAGUACUUCUUCACACAGCCUGCGUAUAACCCAAUCCCAGGUGGAACUGCUGAUUCCUCUCGUCCUAUGCAUGGACAUCUGUCUAUUUCUGCGAUGCGUGAAGCCGCACACCAUCUGGUCGGGUGUCAUGACUUCCGCAAUCUAUGUAAGAUUGAUGCUUCCAAGCAAAUAACAAACUGGAAGCGCCGGAUUUUCCACGCAGACAUUGAGGAGAUAGGUUCGUUACCCGAUCCUAGCUAUGUUCAAGGCCCUUCUGCGCAUGCGGACACGCCUAAGCUAUACGCAAUUGUUGUGCAUGGCUCCGCCUUUCUUUGGCAUCAGAUUAGACAUAUCGCUUCCAUUUUGUUCCUCAUCGGACAGGGUAUAGAGACGCCAGAUCUGGUACCACAACUGCUGGACAUCACGGUUAAUCCACGCAAACCAAGUUACGAAAUGGCACCUGAUGCUCCGCUUGUACUAUGGGACUGUAUCUUCCCUGCGCCACUAGAAAGUGAGCAGGAAAGUGGUAAUAGAGAACAUUCCGAGCAAGCCCAUGAAGAUUCACUAGAGUGGAUACAUAUGAACAACCAGUCAGCCGUGAAUGCAACUGACUCUAGAGGCAAAUGGGGAUCUGGAGGUAUAGUCGAAGAUCUUUGGAAGGUUUGGCGUAGAUCGAAAAUGGACGAGAUAUUAGCGGCGCAAUUGCUAGAUAAAGGGGCAACUGUAGUUGCAAAUGCUCCAUACGAUACCGCGACCGGUGGCAAUGACACUCAACGUCGCAGGACUACCUUGAUCUUUGAUGGUGGCGAUUUUGCAAAGAAGAUCGGUACAUAUACGCCUGUGAUGGAUAAGGUCAGGCAGGAAAGCGUAGAGGUCCAAAAUGCAAAGUACCGAGAGAGGAGAAUUCUGACUGGGAAGAGGAUCUAUGGUAAACCAGCCGAGGAUACAGCCGAAGAAUAA